GGGGAUUUGGGAACAGUCUUUGUCCUCACCCCGCAGUACAGCACACAACUGGAGAAGGACACAGGCUCCCCGCAGGAAAGGAAAAACUGGAUGGCUUGACAUUAGAGCGGGAGGGCUUUCUUCUAAUAAAGAGAAAACGAAGGAAAAGCUCCCGAAACACAACUUUCAAGGAGCCGUCGGGCGAAAAGCAGAGGAUCCAAAAUCACAACUGAAGGUUUGAGAAGUUCCCUCUUGUUCCAGAGGCAAAAUGAGCUGGAGCUUCCUUACACGCCUGUUGGACGAGAUUUCCAACCACUCCACCUUCGUGGGCAAAAUCUGGCUCACCCUCCUCAUCGUCUUUCGCAUCGUGCUGACAGCCGUCGGGGGCGAGUCAAUCUACUAUGAUGAACAGAGUAAAUUUGUGUGUAACACGCAGCAACCUGGUUGCGAAAAUGUGUGCUACGAUGCGUUCGCACCGCUGUCACACAUCCGCUUCUGGGUCUUUCAAGUGAUUAUGAUCACCACGCCAACCAUCAUGUACCUCGGCUUUGCUAUGCACAAGAUCGCCCGCAUGCAGGACGAGGACUACCGGCCUCGGGGGAGAAAGAGGAUGCCGAUAGUGAGCCGUGGUGCCAACCGGGACUAUGAGGAGGCGGAGGAUAAUGGGGAGGAGGACCCCAUGAUCCUGGAAGAGAUUGAGCCGGAAAAGGAAAAGGAGGACGCGGAGAAGCCCGGCAAAAAGCAUGACGGGCGCCGUCGCAUCAAGCGCGACGGCCUGAUGAAGGUCUACGUGUUUCAGCUGUUUUCACGCGCCAUCUUCGAGGCUUCUUUUCUGUUUGGACAGUAUGUCCUGUAUGGUCUUGAGGUGGUACCGUCGUAUAUUUGCACACGCUCACCCUGCCCGCACACUGUGGAUUGCUUCGUGUCACGCCCCACUGAGAAAACCAUCUUCCUUCUCAUUAUGUACGCCGUCAGCGCCUUGUGUCUGCUCUUUACUGUGCUGGAGAUCCUUCACCUGGGCAUCAGCGGCAUUCGGGACUGCUUUUGUGCACCGAGGCCGCGCCCUCCCACUCCCCGCCACCCAGCUCUGUCCAGCCAGAGGUCCUCAAUCUGCCGCCAGCCAUCGGCACCUCCAGGCUACCACACAGUGAAGAAGGACCCAUCAGGGAAGAUGGGCUUCAGAGACAACCUGGGAGACUCGGGUCGCGAGUCGUUCGGGGACGAGGCCUCAUCGCGGGAGCUGGAGAGGCUGCGGAGACACCUAAAACUGGCUCAGCAGCAUCUGGAUUUGGCUUACCAAAAUGAGGAGAGCAGCCCGUCACGCAGCAGCAGCCCGGAGUCCAACGGCACCGCAGUGGAGCAGAACAGACUUAACUUUGCCCAGGAGAAGCAGAGCAGCACCUGUGAAAAAGGUCUCCGUGCAUAGGCUCUGAUCAGCCCAGCUGACACUGUAGACUCAUUUACAUCAGGAUCAGUGAGAGGAUAAAAGGGAAUCAAAGUGUGAGUGUGAUUGUGUGGCGUGAUUUUGCUUGAGGUGGAUGAAGUCAGCCCAAGCCUUCCAGUGUUACGGCCAGCCGUGGUCGAGCAUCGAGUCAAACGAGGAGGAGAGCGGUCGUCUCAGCCCAGCAAUACUUGAGGCGCCUGUCUGAAGAUCCAAAGUGCUUACAAACUACCGCCGUGCAGCAACAACGGUUAAGGUUGUUCUUCUCCCUCAGGGCAGCUAUUCUUGUUUUUAUAUUUUUUAUUACGAGACUUAGAGCUAUUAGUCAUUUUUUUUAAAGAGUUUGUCCUCUGUUUGAAGUUCACAGUGAAUGCAUCUCAAGUUUGCCUUAGACCUAAACUGGAACUCUGUUUUUUGGCAUUUUGUUAUGCAGUGGCCAAGCCAGUUGUAGUGCAAAAAAAAAACAUGUUUAAACUGUAAGAAUCUUUGCGAGGUAGUGAGUGAGAUGCAAAAAGAAGGUUUAAGGACAAGGCGCCGCUCGUAAAAGAUAGGUACUGGAGUUAGUGUCAUGCUGAUGAAGACUUUUUGAGUUCGUUUUCAUACAAAGGUUUCUCUCAAAAGUGCAACAUCUAAUUUUAAAAAAAAAAUGUUUUGACAAUGUUGGCACGGCACCGGUCAACAUUUCCAAGCCUGGUGCUUUGAUGGUAACUGAAAUACACUUGGUGUGCCUCUGUCCAAAGGAAUAAAUGAACCUGGGUAAUGCUUGAAUAACAUGUAACUCUUGAUAUUGUCUUGUAUUGUUUAAAACGUGUAUUUGAUACUGUGCUUUAUUUUUGUAUUAGUUUUGAGUAUUGUGGUAUUGAAAAGAGGCUCUUGUCACUGUGGCAGGUAUUGUAUUUUGAAAGAAUGACAUUCACUGCUGUCUUAGUUUCCUGAAGCUCGCUGGUGGACCAGUGCAGUCUGACAACGGUUUGGUACAAUUUUGAGUUCAGCUGCAACAGUUUUUUUUAAUAAUUCCAUUUAAAUAAUAAUCAAUAGCCUGCAUAUUUUAUUUUUCCCACAUUGUCAAACAUUCCCUGUUUCCAUACAGACCCAGAUUUGAAUAUAUUUUUUGGUUAUAGAAGGGAAAAUGCUGUCAUUUUCAUGUUCGAAAAUGCUGAUUUUUGGAUUGGUGUUAUCACUGUUCUCAGUGAGGGUUGUAAACAAUGUAAAUCAUUUCAAUGUGAAUUCAAUGCCUUGAACGUGCUCUUCUAAGAUGCCAUCUUUUGUAUUCCGAAUCAUACCCACAGAGCCAUUAGUGCCGACUCAAAUGUUGUCAUCUCAAGUUAUUUUUGAACAAUGCUUUUUGUACUUUUUAUACUUUUUGUAUUGAUAGUACUUUGUGGUUAGUUUUUAAAAUAAAUUUUUACAACAAGAAAAUUA